AUGGAUCCUUGGCCAAGUAUCUCUGAAAGUGCAAAAGACUUGGUUAAGAAGAUGUUUGUUAGAGAUCCUAGUAAAAGGAUAACAGCACAUGAAGUUCUUUGCCACUCUUGGAUUCAGGUUGACGGAGUUGCUCUCGACAAGCCUUUUGAUUCCGCAGUUUUGAGUCUUCUGAAGCAAUUUUCUGCUAUGAACAAACUCAAGAAAAUGGCUCUUCGAGUUAUUGCUGAGAAUCUUUCUGAAGAAGAAAUAUCUGGGUUGAAAGAAUUGUUUAAGAUGAUAGACACUGACAACACCGGUCAAAUUACUUUCGAAAAACUCAAGGCUGGACUGAAAAUGUUCGGCGCCAAUCUCAAUGAAUUUGAGAUUUUUGAUCUAUUGAAUGCUGCAGAUGUAGAUAAUAGUGGCACAAUUGACUAUGGAGAAUUCAUAGCUGCAACAUUGCAUUUGAACAAAGUUGGUAGGGAAGAUAAUUUAGUUACAGCUUUCUCAUAUUUUGAUAAAGAUGGAAGUGGUUACAUCACUCAAGAUGAGCUUCAAAAAGUUUGUAAAGAAUUCAGCAUGAAAGAUGUCGACUUAGAGGAAAUGAUCCAAGAAGCUGAUCAAAAUAAUGAUGGACAAAUAGACUACAACGAAUUUGUUGUUAUGAUGCUGAGAGGCAAUACAGAUUUAGGCAACAGUGGUUCAAAGUGUAGAAGCACUAGCUUUAACAUUGGAUUGAAUGGUGGUGUUUAUAAUUGA